AUGGCUCUAGAGGCCGCUGUUCAGCGCGAUCCAACACAUGCCAAUACAUGGAUGCAUCUUGGACAGCGCCAACAAGAGAAUGAAAACGACGACAUGGCCAUCUGUGCACUUUUGAAUUGCACACGAUUAGACCCAUCUAAUUUGGCAGCACAUUUGGCACUAUCCGUAUCCUACACAAACGAAGGAUAUGCUACCGAGGCCUACAAUGCUUUGAACACGUGGAUAUCAUUGAAUCCACUAUAUGAGCAAUUUGCUGGAGUGCCCUGGUCCAACAGCGAAGCUGUCACGGAAAAAUUCUUGGCCGCUGCAAGCACAGUUCCAGGUGCAGAUUUGGACGAAGAUGUACAAAUUGGACUUGGUGUGCUUUUUAAUAUCUCUGCAGAGUAUGAUAAGGCUGUGGAUUGUUUCCGUGCUGCCUUGGUCAAACGUCCAAAAGACUAUAUGCUAUGGAAUAAGCUAGGAGCAUCUUUGGCCAACUCGCAUCAGCCUAAAUUAGCUAUGGAGGCAUACUUUGCAGCAUUGAACAUCAACCCAUCGUAUAUUCGGUCGCGAUAUAACAUGGCUAUUGCGUGUCUACAGAUUGGGCAAUACCGUGAAUCUGCUGAGCAUCUGCUUGGAGCGCUUUCUGUUCAGCAUGUGAACAUGGAUCAUUCCAAUACAUUAUGGACUACACUUCGUAUGCUUGCAGACACUUAUCUCAAUCGUCACGACUUGGUAAGUAUUUGCGAUCGACGAGAUCUUGUCGCCUUCAGAAACGAAUUCGACUUUUGA